CUCAUGUAUUCUCCGCCCGCUCGGAAUGUUUAUAAUCAAACACAGAAGUGUGCAGUGUGAGACAAAUGUGUCUCGGCUGAAUUCGUUUUAAUACACUUCGGACUCAGUCGACCCACACAGAAGAGGUGGGAGUAAGGAUGCCUCACAGCAACCUGCUGCAGGCUGCAUGGAUGUGCUGUUUGCUGGCUCUUCAGGUGCACAGCUGUCCAGAUAUCUGCAGCAAGUGUUCAGGCCUGAAAAGUGACCAGUGUGAGGAAUGCAGAACAGGAUGGACACUCCAUAAUAACACCUGUGUAGACAUUGAUGAGUGUGGCACAGAGCUGGGUAUCUGUCCUGCAAACAGCUACUGUGUCAAUACAAAGGGUUCCUAUGAGUGCAGAGACUGUGACCCAGCCUGUGUGGGAUGUAUGGGUAGCGGACCAGCACGCUGCAGGAAAUGUGCCUCUGGGUUCACACUCACAGGGUCCAAGUGUUUGGAUAUAGAUGAAUGUAGUGACAGGGUCCUGGCUUGUCAUAGUCUGAAUGAGAUUUGCACCAACACAGAAGGCUCAUUCCGCUGUGACUGUGCUGAAGGAUUCAUCCGCAGGGACAGUGUUUGUGUGAAGAGGCAGCAGCCCCUCUGUCCAUCUCCCCAUGCAGGCGCACAGGAGAAAGGUCUGUUUGAGGAUAUCCAGGAUGAUGAGGUGGAGGUGCUGCAGCAGAUGUUCUUCGGGGUGGUGCUUUGUGCUCUGGCCACACUGGCUGUUAAGGGAGAUUUGGUUUACACAUCUAUAUUCAUGGGAGCUGUGGCAGCCAUGGCAGGGUACUGGCUUUCUGACAGGGGGGAUCGUUUGUUAGACAACUUCCUAAAGGGACGUUAAAGCUCAAAACUGCUCUAAAAAGGACGUAAGUAUUUCAUACUGCAGAUGCACAAAUACACGUGCCAGUGUUCAACAAGGCCUCAUACAAUCACUGUUCAGACAGAUCAGGUGAAUCUUUUAACAAGCGUUGACCCACCAUGAAGUUUUAUUAUUGUUUUAGUUCAGCGAGUACACUAAAGAACGAUUCCAGCGGAUUGCCCAGCUGUAACACUUUCCUGUGCUGCUUUUUAUUCUCUUCAAGCAUCAACUUCGUUCUGGCAUUUAUAGCCACCGUCAUCUAACGUCUCAAAUUGUAAAUUUAAUUGAACUAUGUGUAUGUAUGUGUACAUAAAUUAUGUAUUAGAUUUACUUCUUAUAGUGUAUCAGUAACACUGUAUUUACAUUCUAAAUAUAAGGCUGUAACAUCUACAGUGUUGUAUAUAGUAACAUUUUAAUGCCCAUUUUCUCCAUGGGCAUCUUUAUGUCUCACGAGUGUGGAAGACUGAAAUAAAUAUGUGCAGUGUGAACACGCACUCAUUUUGAAGCGAGAUGCUAUUGUUGAUGAUACAUUUUUUUGACAUUUGUUAGGUAAUAUAAAGUCCAGCACGAUUUUCUGAAAGCUUUAGAGAACACAACUAUAUAUGAUAGUAUGAAUGUAUGAAUAUGAAUAAUCAUGCUGCUGUUAUGUGCGUCUCUCCACCUCCCCAUCACUGCAGAUUCGUCAGCGUCAUGUCAUCAGUCUAGUCAGCCACCAGAUAUUCCUUGGUGCUGCUCAGGGCAGAUGCACCGUGAAAAUCAUAAAAUUUCCCCAUAAAAUAUAAGAACCAAACAAUCAAGACUCAUGUCAAGAGUUAAUGAAACAGUCAACCCAAAUGAAAAUUCAGCCAAUGGCUACCGAACGCCAUACUGCUGAGAAGUCAGUUUUAGUUUCUUUGACAAAAAAUUCUGAAGUAGAUGUGGACUUAACACGUUAUCCCACCCCCACCUUCACCUGACAUCCACCCCGGCAAAAAACAUAAAAUGAUUCCAUACAUAAUGUUAUAGUUAUAUAAUCCAAGUCUCUGGAAACCCCGCUAUUUCAAAUUGAUUUAAAAAGAUGUGUGCUUGUUUGCAUAACAUAAUUUAAUGCAUUUACGCUGACUGUUUUAGUACCAGAAAAGUAGAAAAUUGCAAACAGAGACAGAAAGAAAGUCACUUUUAUUUGAUGGAUAUAAACAAGCUGGCCAACACUCAAUAGUAAUAUUCUGAUACAGCACAUACAAUAGCAAACUGGGGUACUGAGGACAGCCUCCUAGGUUUAAAAAAAAGUACAGAGUAUCCAUGCUUCAUUCAAAACUUUGAAUCAGUCUCGCUUUUUCUUUUUUAUUUCUCUAGGGACUUCCUCUGAUAAAGUUUUUUUUUUUUAAUAGAUUCUUCUGUUUUGGAUUCAUAACACACAGUCUCACACGCACACUUACUGACACACAAACGCACCCGCGCCCAUAAAAGCAGCUAUGUACCCUCAUUUAAACACACACACACACACACACACACACUCACACACACGCAUCUCUCUUUUCUGAAUACGUUGACACAAGCAACCCCAUAAACAUGCUGCACUCUCACGAAACUGCACAGGCUGUCUACUAAUUGGACACAGUAAGUGAGACACACAUCACUCUCAAACACAACAUCACACCGUCACAAUGCACGAUGCAGAUGCAAUUAAUGAGUGAGGAAUGAUGCUUCAUGGGAGAUUAGCUCACGUUCACACAGGUAAUCAUUCAGCAUGCUGGACACUCACAUUUAACUUGUUCCUAGGAUUUUACUGUACAGCUCAAAACAUUUACUUAUACAAAUAGUACAGUGUCAAACUGGCAUAUUCAAUAAGCUGAAACAAUAGAAAAAAAUAAAGCUAACUUAAAUAAAUAACAAAAAGAAUAAUAAAAAA